AUGGCGGAGCGACUUAAAAAAUUGCUACCCAAGUUAAUAUCAGAGAAUCAAAAUGGCUUCACCCCCGACAAGGAGAUUGCCGAUAGCAUCAUUUUGGUGUCUGAAGUCAUCCAUUUAAUCUGCAAAGAGAAACAGAAAGAAUGGAUCGAAAGCAUUAAAUUUUGUAUUUCUACGGUUAAUUAUUCCCUUAUUGUCAAUGGAAAUGUACGUGGUUUCUUUGGUGCCACUAAUGGCUUGUGCCAAGGAGAUCCUUUAUCUCCUGCCCUUUUUGAGUUAAUGGCAGAAGUCCUAGGGAAAUUGAUUAAAAAAAGACAUACAUAUAACAUAUGGAAAGGGAUUAAAGUGCAUAAUCAGUUGAAUGCCAUCACCCACUCCCAAUUUGCUGAUGACAUCGUGAUAUUUGGGGAAGCAUCAUUGGUUGAAGCCAAGAACAUUAUGAGUACGCUAAAGCUCUAUUCUGAGCAAUUCGGGCAGCUGAUGAAUAAUCAAAAAUUGCAGUUAUUUUUCUUCAACACCGACAGACAGACACAACUCAGAAUUGCAAGCCUUUUUGGAAUUAUUGUUUCAGAACUCCCAAUUAAGUAUCUUGGCAUUCGAAUCGAUAAAGGUGGCAGGCAACCACAGAUUUGGGAUGAUGUGAUAAAAUCUUGUAUGUCUAAAUCAGAAAUUUGGAAGAAUAUAUGGUUAACAUAG